GAUAUUUCGUUUACCUCGGCCAAUCUGCUUCUCUCUCGCGCCUCUCAGUCAGUCUCCGUACCCUCUGUGCGCCGCGCACAUCUCCGCUCUCCUCGCGAGCGAAGGAGGUUCACCUUCUCCCUGGGUGCUGCCCAAUAUUCCUCGGCGACGCCAACGGUGCAGAACCACGAAUCCUCUGCAACCAGAAACACUCGAAAUUAUCCACUGGGUUUCUAGGCCUCUCCGUUACCGCGGCGAGUAAACACAACGCUCGCCUCGCGCAUUUCCGUCGAAACGGUGUGGCGAGCCGUCGAUCAGGACUCGCCGAAGGAUUUCCGAGGAUUUUUGGGACCGUCGAGGGUGAAAUUGGGACCCCGAGCAACAGCGAGUGUCGUUCGUAAUUCCUGUGACAUUUCGGUGACACAUUUUCCCGGUGUUAAUAGCGACUGUUAACGACUCCGCGAACAAACGACCGUGCGUCUCGUCGCGCGGAGAAAUUUCCGGGGGGGUUGGAGACCGCGAGGGAUGCGCUCGCGUUUAGGGGAAUCGCCGAGGAUGGCGCUGGACGGGUUCCAUCGGCGGCGCAGUUUCGUUCGAAUUUCACGGCGGCUCAUUCGGUCUUAAGUUCCCCGCGGGAAGACUCGCCGGAGACGUCGCCGGGCUCGAAAGGGAAGAAUAGUGCUCGAAAAAGACUCGAAUCGAUUAAUCGAACCGUCGUUUCGAAUUCAAUUAGAAUAGAAAUUAAAAUAGAAUAUUUCACCGCGAGUGCGCGAAUCAGGGUGUGCGGUGCCGGCGAAAAUACUUCGCGAAAAGGGAAAUCGUGGAAAUCGAUCGAGCAGUGUUCAGUAAUAACGACCUAAUAAUAAACAAUAAUCGGCCUAAUAAUCAGGCUAAUAAUUAGCUUAAUAAUCGACUUAUAAACCGAGAAGAAUAUUCCACGAAUCCCGGGACUUCUCGAGGCCAUCAUCGCGAAGGAAACGGACUACAGCCGAUGAAUUUUUCGCGCCACGGUUGCUCGGAAAAUAGGGGAUGACGAGCCGCGAGGCAACUUAGACGUCCGCCGAAGCACCUUGGACGUCGAAGCGUGAUCCAGCGAAGCGGGCCCCGGCAACAUGAAGUUUCCGAUUUGUCUCGGGCUGAUCCUGGCGGUCGGUCUGAUACGCGGCGAGCAGAGAUUCGCGGAGACGCCCGCGUUGUACCAGGAGGUCUCCUCGGGGGACGACGUGCAGUUGCGGUGCAGAGUGCAGGACAAACGGGGCCAGUGCAUCUGGCAGAAGGACCGGAAACCGGUGGGCAUGCACCCGGACAAGUACGAGUGGGCCAGCGGCCGCGGCAGCGAUUGCACCCUCCUGAUCAGGCGGGCCUCCCUCGACUUCGACGACGGCUAUUGGGAGUGCCAGGUCACCUCUGGCGACUUCACGCGGCAGGAUGCGCUCACGUCCUUGCCAUCCAGGCUUUUGGUCAGAGUGAAACCCCGGAAGCCGCGUCUGGAGUACGGGGGGACAAUUUUGACCACCGCCCUAACGCUAAGGGAGGGUCAGGAAGUCACCAUUUCCUGCGUAUCAAGAUAUGGAAAUCCGCCCUCGCUCAUCAAAUGGUACAUAGGUGGAGACGAAGUGGAGGCUUUGAGGGAACAAACGAACGCCACGGAAGUGGACAGUCCGAAGACAUGGGCGGCCCACAGCCUCCUACGAGUCCGCGGACAAAGGGAGAACCACGGUCUGCCGAUUCGAUGCAUCGCGAUGCAUCCGUCCAGUAUCGUUCCAACGUCCGCGGAAACACGGCUGGACGUGCAUUAUUCGCCGGAGGUGCGGCUCGAGACGAAGCCGCGGUUGCUGGUCGCGGCCCUCGAGGACUCGGCGAGCUUUAUGAGCCUGAAAUGCUUCGCGGAUGCCAAUCCCAGCGGAACGAUCAAGUGGUUCAAGGAUUCAGCUCCCAUCGGUGUGACGGGCAACAACGUCGUAUCGCUGAUGUUAAACAGAACGCAGCAGAACGGCACCGGGACUGGCUCCGAGCUCAGAUUCGAGCCGGUCAAGAGAAACGACGCCGGUCUCUACUCUUGCAAGGCGGCCAACGUUAUCGGUGAAAGCGCUCCCGCUAACUACAGGCUGGACGUACAAUACGGCCCGGUCCUGAAGGAGGAGAACACCGAGAACAAGACCGCGCGGACGUUCGAGGAGACGACUCUUUUGAGUUCGAACUUGGAGCCGUUCCUCUGCGAGGACUUCGACGCCAACCCCCCUGCCCAGCACAGGUGGAUACACCUGCGCGGCGGUGUCACGGAGACCAUCGAAAAUCCUCUUCAGAACAAGGACGGGGGGAAACGAUUACGCUUGGAGAACGUGAUGUGGUCCGACGAGGGCGAGUAUCGCUGCGUGGCCUUCAAUGUCAUCAACGGUGUGAGACGGGAGAUGCCCAGCGAGUUCCGCUAUGUCCUCCACGUGACCGGCCCUCCGGAGAUACAAGUCAGACCUUCGACCGGAGGGAAAGGCUUCUACGAGUCCCUCGGCUGGGCCGGCGAGUCCGAGCAUAUUCUGAAAUCCAGGUUCUGCUCGAGACCGCCGCCUAAAAUCGUCGCCUGGCAAUGGGGCAGCUCGCACAUCAGAGCAGGCGAGAGCAUCCAGCCGAAGUACGAAGCUCUGCCGCUGGAGCACAUCUCGGAGGACGAGAUGGUGACGAAUUGUUACUGGGCGAAGCUGGUGAUCAAGGACCUUCGGAAGGAGGACGCCAGGGUGUACACUCUGCUGGUGGAGAGCGAGAAGGGCAGAGAUUCGACGAACGUGAAGCUGGUGAUCCGGGACCCAACGGAGAUGAGGGUGAUAGCAGCGGCGGCCGCGGUUGGUUUGCUGUUCCUCUUGUUGCUGAUAUCGAUAGUGGUGUACGGUGUGCUGAGGAUGAAGAGCCGACGCUAUCGCAGGGAGGAGGAGGAAGGUAGCAUCGCGGCCGACGCGUUCUACACGAACACGGGGACCGCCGAGAGACAGAAGACCGUGAACAAUGGGUCUCAGAGCAAGGUAUACGGGAGGAAAACCAGCCCGGAGGGCGGCCUCGCUGUCACGUAUGACUAUGAUCAGAUCACCAAGCAGGUGCGCGCUAUGAGUCCAGAAGCAUUGAAAGUCAGGCGUGCGCCAGCUGUUCUCCAACCGCCGACCAUUGUGUAACUGUUAACGUGCUCGACGCCGUGACGGUCAUCUGUGACCGACGGUUUCACCGUGCUUUCGCGCCGGUGUUCGAUCGGGCACCGUUCAGGUCGUUCGCCAAAGUACGAUGCAACGAGAACAAUGUUCGAACACGCUUUGCGAGACGUUGUUUCGCGUCCGCCGGGGCAUCGUUCGCACCCUGCCAUUCCUGAAUAUCCGGACUCGAGAAGGGCCGAGUGCUCUCCAAAGAAUCAAGGGAAUGUGAUAAAAUGGACUAUUUAUUGUUGUCUACCGACCGUUUUCAUUUCAGUUUCUUUUCAAGCACCGCGGCUAAUAGUUUCUAGUGUUCGUUAGCUGAUCUCGUUUGUCGAUGUCUCUUUUGUAAUAUAGGACUUUUGUUUAUGUUCGUUGGAGUCUUAUUAAUAUUGAAAAUUGUUCUUGGAAGUGUUUCAGUGUUUUAUGGCUGACAGUGCUGUUAAACGUGUAUAUAUGUAAUUGUAGGAGGUAAGAGUCGAUGGAAUUUGUAACGCUAUAAAUUGUCGCCGUGUUGAUAUCAAGAUCCGUGCAAUAAUUUAUGAAUGCACCAGGUGUAAAUUCAUGACGAGGAAGCGUCAAGAUUACUUCAGUGUAUUUGCGUAUCGAGACACGAAUAAAGGCGCCAGGUUCACGAAGAAUA